AUGUUACGCUCAUCCGUGGGCCUGGGCAGGACCCGAGUCCUAGCUUUGCGCCAGCCGCUUCCGCACCGUUUCCCGAAGGCAUUCAAUUUUGCUCGUACAAGAGAAAACUCUACCGUGACAAACUUGGAAAACUUCCCUGAAAUCGGCGAGAAACUUCACGGAUUCACCGUUCGCGAGAAGAAGCAUGUUCCGGAGCUGCACCUCACCGCGGUCCGACUGACUCACGACAAGACCGAUGCCGACUACUUGCAUGUGGCCAGAGAUGAUAAGAACAAUGUCUUUGGGAUCGGAUUCAAGACCAACCCGCCCGAUGCGACAGGAGUGCCCCAUAUUCUUGAACACACUACAUUAUGCGGAAGUGAAAAGUAA